AUGUACAAUCUGAUCCGCGCUCGUCUCCAGCGUACAACAGACCCACGAGGUCUCCUUCCAUGCAGAGCCGCCAGUAAUCAUGCUCCCUCUUCCACUGCUGGAUCUAUCGUUGCGGAGCAAAAGCUGCCUUCAAGUGGACCCUCCGAUCUUCCCGGACGUCCGAAGCUUGCUUAUCGUCGCCAGAUCAGACGCCCGGAAGUCCUGGACGCUCACGACACAACCAAAUGGAUUCGCUUCGUCAGGAAGGAUGAGGAGGUCCAUCUCCCCCUCUCUGCUGCCGCGAUCAGUGUUAAGGAUUGCCUGCAAGACUCCAAGAAGAUGCCAUUUGAUACGUUGAAGGCAGCUCUAACCACUGAGUCGGUUGACUUGGCCACAAUUGAGGUCUGCCUGGAUCACCACUUUCAACGUCUGCAGCGCGUGCCAAAAAGUCAGACAUCAGACUUCGUCCAGAAAUGCCCCAUAGCAGGCGUCAUCGUUGAGUAUCUACUUCGGGAUAAUGACGCCUGGCUUGGUUUUGUGAUGUCAAAGCGCGAGUCGGUCUUCUGGCUGAGCUACUGCGCGGUCCUUGAAGGGCUCCAAGACAUCCUCUUGGACUGGGUGAAAGUCGACGUCGAUGCAACGAAUGCUAGGAGAAGCUUCGGGCCCAAAUUCUUCAUUUGGAGAGGGCUCUUCUUGAGGAACAUCAUCCGGGCGCAACUGCUUCGGAACGACCAAGUAUCCGCCGACGACGCUCUGAAUACUCUUUUCAACUUGCUGGACUCGCGUACGAAGGCCGUCCGUCUGCUCGAAACUUCUGGGCAGCAUACGCUGCCACUGGAUGAGCCUGGAACGAUGAUUGGCCUACAAUGGCUGACAGUCUCUCAUUGGCCUGCUACGAUUGAGAUUUCCAAUCAGCUCGUUCUCGGGUCAUGGCGCGGAACCUCACCGGAACUUUAUGAUAGAUUUAUCGAUCUGGUCCAGAAGUACACGUGGAAAUCAAGUCAAGAUGUCAGAGAUCUGAUCGUAGCACAGUUACAUCUGCAACAUCCAACGAAACCCAGUGCUAAACCCACAAUCUCUUUAUUCAGAAGACUAUUCGGCACCAAAAGUACCGAGGAGAUUGAGCAUUUUUUGCCAGGUAUCGGUAAGGCUCGAGAACCCUUCCGCAUCACGUUCCUAAAAGCGACCCGUCAGGCAAGAGCUCAAGGGCUAUACCAUGAUGCCUUGUGGCUCGCAGAGAAGCAUCGGGAGAUCUUCCCUGCAUACUUCGAGCGCAAAGCUUUCAGACGGGCAAAGCACAGCAACGCUCGAAACGACGCACCAGUGUUUAGGAAGCAGGCUGUACGAUGA